GAGAUAGGCGACCAUUGCUCCGUUGAGGAUUGUGGGCAGAUAGAUUUCCUUCCUUUUAAAUGUGAUUGCUGCAAUCGGACAUUUUGCUUAGAACACCGCUCCUACGUUGCACAUUCAUGUCCAAAUGCUGGUGCCAAGGAGACAACAGUCAUCGUAUGCCCAAUAUGCGCAAAGGGCAUGCGGCUAAAGCCUGGCCAAGAUCCCAGCGAGGCUUUUGAUGUCCAUCAGCGGACGGAUUGUGACCCAGCUAACUACGAUAGGGUGCAUAAGAAACCACGCUGUCCUGUGAGCGGAUGCAAGGAAAAGCUAACGACAAUUAACGCAUACAGAUGCAAACACUGCAGCCAGCGCGUUUGCUUGCGGCAUCGCGACCCGGGGGACCACAAAUGUAUUGAGGCACAAGGUGGGUUGGGCAUUCUGUCGGCAUGCACGUCUAUGAAACGUUCUCGCGACUGCUUGAGCUCGGCGGCGGCGCCGAGCAGCACAACCACUAGCGCCACUACUACCACCAAAACGACAACAACCUCACGUAACAGGAAUCUCAACGACAACGGUAUUAACAGCAGUAACGCCAACCCGUUAAUUCCACCUCACCUUCCGGAGCUAUGUCCGCAAUGCGGCGCGAGCUUCGCCACAGUAGAGCGGCUCAUACAACACGUUGAGGAUUUCCACCCAACCGCGGCGGCGGUUCCGGAGCGAUCGGCUGCAGCCGCGUAUCGUUGCUACUUUUGCUCGCGGACGUUUCAUGAUCCUGUGUUACUGGUGCAACAUUCAGAACGG